AUGUACAUGGUGAGGAUAAUUUUUUAUAAACGGAUAACAUUCUUUUUUUUGCAGAAAAGGCCUUCUUUGAGAGUAAACAGUAUGGUGCCAUUUAAUUCUAGCGGAGAGAAGUGAGUAAAAAUUAUAAAAGAAUAUGUCAAUUAUUAUCUGUUUAUUUUUAGUUACCUCAUUUGCAUACUGCAACCUGAUAGAACCUCGCUAUCAAAAUCAGUGUAUUCAAAUGUGACAAUCAAAACUGGAGAACGAGAUGUCACCUACAUACUGGAUGCAAAGGGUGCAUUACGUGUACUUAUGAAUGAUGUACCUAAGUGGCUGGAAGAAUCUACAUUGUGCCCAUACUACAUAUCAUUUAGUAAGAGUUAAGUAUUUUUUGAUGAUUUCCGAAUGUUGGGGGUUUCAGAACAAUUAUCAGACAGCGAAUGGUGGAAACUACUGAAAAAACUUCGAUUAGUUUGCAUCCGAGAAAAUAAUGUGUGGAGAUUGGAGCCAGAGAGACACGUAUUAAGGCUCGGAAAGUUUUCGUCAUCAUUUCUGGCUAAUGAACUUGAGUAAGGACACUACGAACUGUAUUUAAACAGAAACAAACUUUCUAGCGAAAACAGUCAAAAUUUCAGAAAACUUGUUGAACUCCAUCCUCCAUGGCAUCCAAUUUUUCCUCUGGCUGAGAUAUCUCUGGCAAGCACAAAUAUUUCUUGA